AUGGAGACCGAGGAGGAGCAGCACAUCACCACGCUCCUCUGCAUGGGCUUUCCGGAUCCAGACGUGAUCAGGAAGGCGCUGCGUUUGGCCAAGAACGACAUCAACGAGGCGGUGGCGCUGCUCACGAACGAAAGCCCAGGACUCGGCUAUGGAUAUGAGCCCAUGGAGAGCGGGCCUGCCCCUAACCCCAGCUCCUCUGGAGACGGGGAAAGCAGCGGGAGAACUGGCACUGGGGGGUUUGAUCCUCCGCCAGCCUACCACGACGUUGUGGACAGUGAGAGAAACAAUGAUGAGAAUGGGAACUGCUCCGGUGGCAGUAUGGAAUUUCCCACCACUAACCUGUAUGAGCUGGAGAGCCGGGUGUUCACUGACCACUGGUCCAUCCCCUACAAGAGAGAAGAGUCUUUGGGCAAGUGCCUCAUCGCCUCCACCUGCUUGGCUCGACACGGUUUGGCUGAUGCUGAUGAGAACUGCAAGCGAUUUAUAGAUCGGUGUAUGCCAGAGGCCUUCAAAAAGUUGCUGACCAGCAGUGCAGUUCACAAGUGGGGCACAGAGAUUCAUGAGGGCAUCUACAACAUGCUGAUGCUGCUGGUGGAGCUGGUGGCGGAGAGAGUUAAACAAGACCCGGUGCCUGUGAAUCUAAUGGCAGUUUUAACCAUGGCCUUCAACCCUGACAAUGAAUACCAUUUUAAGAAUCGAAUGAAGUCGUGUCAGAGGAACUGGGCUGAGGUAUUUGGAGAGGAAGCAAACAUGUUCGCUGUGUCUCCCAGCAACACCUACCAGAAAGAGCCUCAUGGUUGGCUGGUUGACCUGGUGAAUCGGUUUGGAGAGCUGGGAGGACUCUCUGCAAUCCAGACAAAACUCAAUGCCGAGGAAAUUGAGAUUGCUUGUGUGUCAGCUUUGGUCCAGCCCCUUGGUGUCUCUGCUGAGUACCUAAACUCCAGCCUUGUCCAGCCCAUGCUCGAUCCGGUGAUCCACAAGAUGAUCACGUAUGUGCAGAACCUGGAGGAAAAGGAUCUCAAAGAUAAGCGUCUUGUGAGCAUCCCAGACCUUCUCUCUGCCAUUAAACUUCUUUGUAUGAGGUUCCAAAGAGACCUGGUUGCUGUGGUGGACGACUUGAGGCUGGACACUCUGCUGCGAAUGCUGAAAACGCCACACUUUUCCACCAAAAUGAACUCCCUAAAAGAGGUCACCAAACUCAUAGAGGAGAGCACUGUGUCUAAAACUGUAAAGAAUGCUAUAGACACAGAUAAACUUCUAGACUGGCUUGUGGAGAAUUCAGUCCUAUCAAUAGCAUUGGAAGGUAACAUUGACCAAGCCCAGUACUGUGAGAGAAUAAAGGGAAUCAUAGAACUUCUUGGGAGUAAAUUGUCAUUGGACGAAUUGACAAAGAUCUGGAGGAUACAGGCCGGCCAGUCGUCCACUGUGAUCGAAAACAUUCACACAAUCAUUGCCGCUGCUGCUGUGAAGUUUAGCUAUGAUCAGCUCACCCACCUCUUUGUCCUCAUUCAGAAGAGUUGGGAGAUUGAGAGUGAUCGAGUCAGACAGAAGCUGCUGAGUCUGAUUGGGAGAAUUGGCAGAGAGGCUCGGUCUGAAACUACGACUGGAAAGGUGCUGGAGGUGCUGUGGGAGCUGGCUCACCUCCCUACCUUACCAACCAGUCUGGUUCAGCAGGCCCUAGAGGAGCACCUGGGGAUCCUGAGUGACGCCUACGCCGUCAAGGAAACUGUGAAGCGUAGUUACAUCAUUAAAUGUAUUGAGGAUAUCAAAAAGUUCAUUCUGAUGUUCUAUCCUUGGCAAGAAAUGUCACCGGCCUUGUCGCCAGUGUCUACGCAAACUCUGGACGACAGUAAAAGCACUGAGAAUCAGACCUCAUUUCUUACUGGCACUUGGGGCAAGAAGAAGCCCAACCUUUUGAUCAAAGCCUCUCAACACAGCAGUCCCCAAGCGGUGUGGGUCGUCCCUGCUCUCAGACAAUUACAUGAAAUUACUCGCUCCUUCAUCAAGCAGACUUAUCAGAAGCAAGACAAAAGCAUCAUUCAGGAUCUGAAGAAGAACUUUGAGAUAGUGAAGUUGAUCACCGGGUCUCUCGUGUGCUGCCAUCGCCUUGCUGCUUCUGCUUCAGGAAACAUUGGACUCUCAGGGUCCACCAUGGUGGACGGACGAUACACCUAUCAGGAGUAUCUGGACAGCCACCUGCGCUUCCUGGCCUUCUUCCUGCAGGAGGCUAGUCUGUACCUGGUGUGGAACAGGGCCAAAGAGCUCUGGGAGUGUCUGGUGUCAGGACCAGACGUCUGCGAGCUCGACAGAGAGAUGUGUUUUGAGUGGUUCACCAAAGGACAGCACGACCUGGAGAGUGAUGUGCAGCAGCAGCUUUUUAAAGAGAAAAUCCUGAAGCUCGAGCCUUAUGAGAUUACUAUGAAUGGUUUUAAUCUUUUUAAGACAUUCUUUGAAAAUGUUAAUCUGUGUGACCAUCGUCUGAAGCGACAGGGCACUCAGUUGUGUGUGGAGCGCCUCGAUCUGGCAGGCAUGGACUUUAUCUGGCGCAUCGCCAUGGAGACUCCAGAUGAAGAAAUUGCCAAUGAAGCAAUUCAACUCAUUAUCACGUAUAGCUACACUAACCUCAACCCAAAAAUGAAGAAGGAUUCUGUUUCUUUGCACAAAAAGUUUAUUGCUGAUUGUUACAAGCGACUUGAGGCUGCUAGUUCGGCCCUUGGGGGCCCCACUCUCACUCAUGCUGUUACACGGGCGACAAAGAUGCUGACGGCCACUGCCAUGCCGACUGUGGCCACGUCUGUACAAUCUCCAUCCAGAUCAACUAAACUGGUGAUAAUCGAAAGACUGCUGCUACUGGCCGAACGCUAUGUGCUCACAAUCGAGGAUAUGUACUCAGUUCCUCGCACAAUCCUACCUCACGGGGCAUCGUUCAACGGACACCCCGUCACUCUCCACGUCACUUAUGAGUCAACCAAAGACACUUUCUCCUUGGAGACCCACAGUAAUGAGACCAUUGGAAAUAUCCGGUGGAAGAUUUCCGAGCACUUGAGCUGUCAAGUGGAUAAUGUCCAGAUCUUUGCCAAUGACAGCGUGCUGACUAUGAACCGUGACCAGAAGCUUCUGUCCCAGCUGGGAUUCAGUGAUGAGCAGAGUCUAACGGUGAAGAGCUCAGGCACCGGGACGCCCUCCGGCAGCUCAGAGUCCUCCGCCUCUGCCUCCAGCAGCUCCAGCUCUGCAGUCUUCAACUCCGCCUACGCCUUAGAACAGGAAAAAUCCUUGCCAGGCAUUGUGAUGGCGUUAGUCUGUAAUGUGUUUGAGAUGCUUUACCAACUGGCAAACUUGGAUGAACCUAGAAUUACGCUUCGUGUCCGGAAGCUAUUGCUGCUCAUCCCUACUGAUCCUGAAGUUCAGGACGCACUUGACAAUUUUGUCCCCAAAGAAUCUAGUGUCUGGAGCCACCAGAAAACCCUGUUCACGCUCGGUCAGGGUUCAGGGUCUCGCUCUCCCUCUAUGACCUCUAAACAGCAGCACCAACCCAGCGCAGCAUCCAUUUUGGAGUCCCUCUUCAGAUCCUCGGCACCUGGAAUGUCCACCUUCAGAGUUCUGUACAACUUGGAGGUUUUGAGUUCAAAGCUCAUGCCCACGUCUGAUGAUGAGAUGGCCAAAACCAGCAGCAAAUCGUUCUGUGAAAACUUUCUGAAAGCAAGUGGACUCAGUCUCGUAGUAAAUGUCAUGCAAAGAGACUCCAUCCCGUCAGAGGUGGACUAUGAGACUAGACAAGGGGUCUACUCAAUCUGCCUUCAGUUGGCCAGGUUCCUCCUUGUGGGCCAAAGUAUGCCUGCACUUCUAGACGAUGAUGUGAUUCGAGAUGGAGAUGCUCUGUCUUCACGUCCCUUCAGAAAUGCCAGCCGCAGUGGGAGGCAGCUGUCUCUGUGUGCCACCCCAGAGAAGUCGUCCUACAGACAGAUGUCUCUGUCAGAGCGCUCCUCCAUCAGAGUGGAAGAGAUCAUCCCAGCUGCACGUGUAGCUAUACAGACUAUGGAGGUAACAGACUUUACAUCAACUGUCGCCUGCUUCAUGCGCCUGACCUGGGCAGCAGCAGCAGGUCGGUUGGAUCUGGUUGGGAGUCCACAGCCAAUCAGAGAGAGCCACAGUCUCCUACCACAAGGUGUCCGCACCAGAGUUAGCAGCACUGGGAGUAACUGCAGUUCCAGCAGUGAAGGAGAGGCUGCACCUACAGCACUGCAUGCUGGGAUAUGUGUCAGACAGCUGUGUGUUUCCAAUAAAGAUGGGAUCAUUGCUCGUGAGGCCUUAUCCCUCCUGGUGACCUGUUUGCAGCUGAGAUGCCAGCAGCUCUGUUCAUUUUACAACCUUCCUGCUGUCAAUGAUUUUAUUAUUGAUAUUCUGCUGGGAUCUCCCAGUGGAGAGAUUCGCCGUGUGGCCUGUGACCAGCUCUACACCUUGAGUCAGUCUGACACCUCAGCCUUCCCCGAUGUGCAGAAACCCAAUCUGUUCCUGCUCUCUGUGAUACUCACGGCACAGCUUCCUCUCUGGAGUCCCACGUCUGUCAUGAGAGGAGUUAACCAGAGAUUGCUAUCUCAGUGCACAGAGUACUUUGACCUAAGGUGCCAGCUGCUGGAUGACUUGACAAUUUCAGAGAUGGAGGUCAUUAAACUGAGCGCAGCCACGAUGCUGGAGGAUGAGAUCUCUUGGUUGGAUAACUUUGAGCCGAGCUGGAGCUCUGAGAUGGAGACGAGUGAAGCGGACAACGUUCUUCUGGCCGGACACUUGCGGCUCAUUAAGACGCUGCUGUCGCUGUGCGGCACCGAGAAGGAACAUCUGGGUCCGUCUUUGAUCCAGCAGUUGUUGGACGACUUCCUGUUUCGGGCGUCACGCAUUAUCAUCAACAGUUCAAACUCGAUACAGUCUCCUGCUCCAAGCCACGACUUCCACCCUAAGUGUAGCACGGCCAGCAGCAGGCUUGCAGCGUACGAGGUGAUGGUGAUGCUGGCCGACAGCUCACUCUCAAACCUCAAGCUCAUCACCAAAGAGUUGCUGUCGAUGCAUCACCAGCUCGACCCCUCCCUCAGCAAAGAAUUCGAUUAUCUCCCACCAGUCGAGAGCCGCUCUAUCUCAGGAUUUGUUGGUCUGAAAAACGGUGGAGCCACGUGUUAUAUGAACGCUGUGUUUCAGCAGCUCUACAUGCAGCCUGGGCUUCCGGAGGCUUUUCUGUCCAUUGAGGACGACACAGACCAGCCAGAGGAGAGUGUCUUCUACCAAGUCCAGUCUCUUUUUGGCCACUUAAUGGAAAGCAAGCUUCAGUACUAUAUCCCUGAGAACUUCUGGAAGAUAUUUAAAAUGUGGAACAAGGAGUUGUACGUUCGGGAACAGCAAGACGCGUACGAGUUUUUCACCAGCCUCGUAGACCAGCUUGAUGAGCAUCUCAAGAAAAUGGGCCGAGAGCAGAUCUUCAAAAACACAUUUCAGGGGAUCUUCUCGGAUCAAAAGAUUUGUAAAGACUGCCCCCAUCGGUACGAACGGGAAGAAACAUUUAUGGCUCUUAAUCUUGGCGUCACAUCUUGUCAAAGCUUGGAAAUCUCCUUGGAUCAGUUUGUUCGCGGAGAGGUGCUAGAGGGAAGCAACGCGUACUACUGUGAGAAAUGCAAAGACAAGAGAACCACCGUGAAAAGAACCUGCAUUAAAUCCUUGCCCAGUGUCCUCUGUAUUCACCUGAUGCGCUUUGGCUUCGACUGGGAGAGUGGUCGCUCCAUCAAAUACGAUGAACAAAUAAGGUUCCCCUGGGUGUUAAACAUGGAGCCGUACACUGUGUCUGGGAUGGCCCGACAGGACUGCAGCGGAGAGGGAGUAGAGGGCAAAGGAGACCUGGCCUCUGGGAGCUCGCCACGGAAAAAAGUCACCAUCUCUGAGAACUACGAGCUGGUGGGCGUGGUGGUGCACAGCGGUCAAGCCCACGCUGGACACUACUACUCAUUCAUCAAAGACAGACGUGGCGGUGCCCGUGGUCGCUGGUACAAGUUCAACGAUAACGUGGUGGAGGAGUUUGACAUGAACGAUGAGACUCUGGAGUACGAGUGCUUUGGAGGAGAGUACAGACCCAAAGUGUAUGAUCAGUCUAACCCCUACCCAGACGUGCGGCGCCGGUACUGGAACGCCUACAUGUUGUUUUAUCAGAAAAUCAGUGAUCAGAACUCUCCAGUGUUGCCAAAGAAGAGCAGAGUGAGCAUCAUGAGACAGGAGGCGGAGGACCUCUCACUGUCAGCUCCGUCGUCCCCUGAUGUUUCACCCCAGUCCUCCCCUCGUCCCCCUAGAGCCAACAACGACCGGCUGACCCUCCUCACGCGCCUCGUUCGCAAAGGAGAGAAGAAGGGCCUGUUUGUGGAGAAAAUGCCAGCCAGCAUCUACCAGAAUGUGAGAGACGAGAAUCUACGGUUCAUGAGGAACCGGGAUGUUUACAACAGCGACUACUUCAACUUCAGCCUCUCCCUGGCCUCCGUCAAUGCUACGAAGCUGAAGCACCCAGACUAUCAGGCGAUGGCCAAAGAGAGUCUCCAGUUGUCUGUCAACUUCCUCUUCCACACCUACCUACACACUAAAAAGAAGCUGCGAGUGGACACCGAGGAGUGGAUGGCGACCGUUGAGGUGCUGCUGACCAAGAGCAGCGAGGCCUGUCAGUGGAUGGUCCAGUACCUCGUCAGCGGCGAGGGCAGAGAAAUUAUCAGGGUGUGCUUGUUGGAGUGCAGCGUGAGAGAAGUGCGAGUGGUGGUUGCCUCUAUCCUGGAGAAGACUUUGGAAAGUGCCAUAUUCUUUUCCGAUCCAGGACUGGACAAUCUGACCGACGCCCUCCUGUCUCUGCUGGACAAAGACGUUCCAGAGAAUGUGAAAAACUGCGCUCAGUACUUCAACCUCUUCAGCAACUUUGCCCUGAGGGGUUGUGGUCCUUGUCAGUUAUUGCUGAAACACUCCGCAUACCGGAGAAUGCUCAUCUUCUUGUUGGGACCCAACCGACAGAACAAUCAGAACCGGCGUUGGAGUCCAGCUCAGGCGCGGGAGUUUCUUUACCUGCACAGCACUCUGGCUCUUAUCACGCUUCACUCUGACCUUGGCCCUCACCGAACACAAGCUCCAGGAGCAUUUAAGCCACUGGCUGGGACUGUAUCGUCCUCCACAUCUCUGCUGCCUCUUCACCCGGACAUUCUGGCCUCUCUAUUCACUCCAGAGGGGCAGCCUUAUCUACUAGAGGUGAUGUUUGCGAUGAGAGAGUUGAGUGGGCCUCUGUCUCUGCUCAUCGAGAUGGUGACCUACUGUUCGUACUGUAACGAGCCUUUCUCACUGGGAGUGCUGCAAUUACUCAAAACCCAGCUUGAGUCUGCUCCGCCUCAUGAACUAAAGAACGUGUUUCAGAUGCUGCAGGAGUUAUUGGUAGUGGAAGAUCCUCUACAAGCUCAACGACUUAAAUAUGCAUUUGAAUCAGAUAAAGGCCUUCUAGCUUUGAUGCACCAGAGCAACAAUGUGGACAGCAGGCGCUGUUAUCAGUGCGUCAAGUUCCUGGUCACUUUGGCCCAAAAGUGUCCUCAGGCUAAGGAUUACUUCAAAGAACUGUCGGGUCACUGGAGCUGGGCUGUGCAGUGGCUGCAGAAAAAGAUGACAGAACAUUAUUGGACUCCACAGAGCAACGUCUCCAAUGAAACUUCAACCAACAAAACUUUCCAGCGCACAAUCUCAGCGCAGGACACUCUGGCGUACGCUACCGCCCUGUUAAACGAGAAGGAACAGUCUGGCAGCAGUAACGGUUCUGAUGGGAGUCCAGCCAAUGAGAACGCAGAGCGCAGCCUCAGACAGGGCUCAGAAUCUCCCAUGAUGCUCGGCGAUUCCAAAAGCGAUCUUGAAGACGUGGACCCAUAG